CCUUGGCCGUCUAAAGAUGUCGCUGUUGUUGGACACGUAUAAUUGUCUGUGAGCGCUGUAAAUGUGUAUGAUACCGUAUUGUGCUUAGUGUUGCUUAUUGCGCUUCCUCGUGUUUACUUUGGCUGCACUUUUCGCUCGCUACGUAAGUUGUUUCAAGCCAGGCACUGCUAAUCUACAGAAAGUGCAUUAAGAGGCAGAACAAUGAGCCACAGUGGUGACCAUCAUGUGCACUCAAGCCACCAUAGUCAUGGUGCCUUACAAUCAAACUUCACUACUCCAAGCCCCCACACAUCGGGGCCUCUGCAAACAGUCUUAACAGCUGCUUUGGCUGCAGUCACAAUGAGCACUCCUACAGACCAUGCACCACAUGAUGGUUCCUCACAUAACCAUGGGCACGGUUCCUCACAUGGAAGUAUGGACAUGCAUAUGGCAAUGUACUUCCACACGGGAUUCACUGAGACCAUACUCUUCAAAGACUGGGCUGUCUCUUCUGUUGCAGGAAUGGUUGGCUCUGUAGUGGGAGUGUUUUUUAUGGCUGCCUUGUAUGAAGCUCUCAAGUAUUUCCGGGAGCAUCUCUUCAGGCUGCAUUUCUCCAGCAUGAGCUAUUCAUCUGUGGCUGUGACAGGCCGGGAUGGCCACACUCUGACAGAGGUUCAUCAAAUAGUCAAGAACCGGAUAGUGAGCUGGCCACACUUGCUACAGACAUUCCUGCAUAUGGUUCAGAUGGUGAUUAGCUACUUUCUUAUGCUGAUUUUCAUGACGUACAAUGUCUGGCUAUGUUUAGGUGUUGUACUUGGUGCUGGAUUUGGCUACUUCAUCUUCGGCUGGAAAAAAGCCACUGUUGUGGAUGUGACAGACCAUUGUCACUAACCGUUAUGUUCUACUCCUGACUGACAGUAAGCCCAAUGUAAUGCAUAUGUGAUGCAGCCUUGUAUGCACGUAUUACUUUAUGUAGUCAACUGUUUGGGAAACUUUUUAGAGGCCAUUGUUUGUGUAAUCCUUUGUUUUCCCGUGAUUCUAAUGAACUAUGAGCAUUGCAGUAUGUUAACCAGGGUGGCAGGCCACAUCAUCUUACAGCUUAUGAUUACUCCUAUGGUGGGCACAGAAUACAUAUGGAAGGGGGCUACUAGCCUUACACUUACUUCACUACAGUGUGCAGGGUUGUUUUAUGGUUCAAUCCUUUUGUUAUCACAUGUGCUUAACGGCUAUAGCUGCAGAAAAGGUACUAAAGCAAUUGGCUGCAGCAAUGCCAUUACACAGUAUUUGCAAGCCAGUUGGCUUGUUACGUUCCAUAGACCAGCAAGGCUGUAGGCAGUAACUCAUGAUAAAGACAGUUCAGUUAAUUGUGUAUCAUCAUUUAGCAUUUAGCUUGUUUUCUUAUAAACUGCCAUUGAACUUUAAUAUGGCUGCUCUGAUUACUGUGUUUAGGAUGCGUUUUUUCUAAUAAGCUUGGCACGUACAACUUUCUAAAGCAUCAUGUUCUUUGUUGAUUCUAUUUUUGGUCGUUCUUUUAGGUAUGGGUAGGUUGUACUUUCAUCAAUGCCACUUGAGAUUUAUAUCACGCUGGGUGAACAUUCUCUCGUCUCAGCACUAUUCUGUGACGUUGGGACUGUCCCCACCUUCUUGCUAAACACUUGUUCUAGUGAACUAGACAUUAAGCAUGAAGGUUUUGGUAGCCCCAUAUCAUUGUUAUGUCAAUUCGAAACCUUGCUUUUCUACAUAAUGCUGUUACUGUACAAGAUUUUAGGUUAAGCUUCAACAUCGCGACUGUUUUCUGUUGCAUAUAGUGAAUCGGGAUAAAGUUAGAUGAUGCCUAACCUGUCAUCAUGUGAAUGUUGACCAAAUAUACGAUGACCUUUUUAAUGUUAAGUGGUUAUUGUGUGAUUGUUUGUUUGCCUCUGUUGAGAUUCAUAUAAAGCUAGUGCUCUUAUUUAGCUCCUUUGUUUAUAUCUUGAAACUGCCAGACGUUAUAGCUGAGCUUAUAUUGUGUGCUUUAACCAGACCAAAUUCCCUCACUUUUAUAAUUGUUGCUACGGGAGAAUAGCUUGAAGUUUUAGGAGCACUCUGGGGCUUUUAUCUAGCUUCAAUGUGAGUGUAAAGGCAUAGUGUAAAGGCAUGUUCCUUUGCAUAUUUUCAUUUACAUGUGUAGGCAGAGUGCAUGAAGUUUGCUCACUUUUCACAGGGCUUGUUUCACAUCCAACUGCCGCAGAGCAAGAGGUGAAUUCACAUCAUUGUUUUUUGACAAUUACUGGUGGCAUAGCGAAGGCAUGUUCACGAAAGACAUAAGGCUAGAGUUGAUGUGUUCAUGCCAUGCUGUUUGCAACCAUGUUUUCUUAUGUUGUGAUCAUGUAUUCAGGAACUGCUCAGAGGUGUAGCCAAAGCACUUAGCUCUUAGCCUGAUAGGGCAGCUGCAAUUGCUCCAGUGAUGAGCAAAAAUGUGUGUUGUCUUUAGUGACCAACCUGCCUAAUUUCAAGUGCUGGUACACUUUGAACUAAAUGUUUGUACAUAUGAAACUGUGAUAUCACCUGCAAGGACCACUGUUUUUGCUCGUGUAUAACAUUGGUUCCCCAUCCUUUUUCAAUUAGGUGUUGAUUUUUCUGUGUGUUGCACCUCAUUAUUUAGCUUGGCAGCAGAGGGAGUGUGCUGAGUUAUCAUAGAGGGUCCUUACUUGGUGGCCUUGGCCAGCAGCUGUGUGUCUUUGAGCAUAUACUAGGUGUGGAACUUUUAUUUUAUUCAAGUUUAUGGCUUUCAAAAAAGUGUGCAUUAUAAUUUGAAGGGGAUAUGUUUAGCAAGUACUCACUAUGAAUAUGUAGGCUGUCUUAGAUUGUGAGUAGAAUUAUCUUGCAAAAAUGGGCUUCACAAUUGCUAGUAGUAAGAAAAAGGCAAAUAAAUCUUACUGCUUUAUAAAGUACAAACAAGAAUUUAAACAUGAUAUUGUCAAUUAUUUUGACGUCAAAACUGGAAAGCUCUUUGCAUUGUAUCAUUGCUGUCUCACUUGUUACCUUUCAUUGAGUGUGUAAGGUAUUCAAACAUUUACAAGCACUGCCAGUUUGAGUAUAUUAAGUGUGUUCUUUAACAUGAUGCCGAUCAUUUACAUUUAUAUUUUUAUAGCUGCAGCGGCCGCAUUUCAAUGGGGCAAAAUGCAAAUACACCUGUGGGCCAUGCAUUGAGUGCAGUGUUAAAGAACUUCAAGUUACAGGGAACUAGAAUAAUGGGCAGUGCACCAACUGACGCAUGCCUCACCUUAUUGCGCCUGUCGCACAAAGUGCUGCUCAUAGCAACAGCAUUGUCGUUGUUGCCAGCUAUUGACUGCACCUAGCAAACUGGAGCUCUGCCCACGGCCAGUCAGGAGCAUGCCUCUAGUCUGAUGCGAGAUGCGUUCCAGACCGAUCGUGUUUCAGCGCACAACAUGCUUUACCGCUAUGCACCGUCAAUAGUUCGCAGCUGCAGCACCGUCGCUACUGGCAACACAAAACAAGUGAGGCAGAGAAGUGUGGUUGCACCACUCAAAAAAGCUUCUAGUACACUCUACCUAGGCGGUCAAAAUAAUCCAGUCUUCUCUACAGCAUGCCUCAUAACCAGAUUGUGGUUUUGGCUCCUAAAACCUGCAUGAUUUAUUUUAAAAGAUAUAUUUUUGUAGUGCAAAUAGCAUCAAAUGUAGCCAUUCAGACAUUCAAAGUUUGGUUUCUGCCAGCAGCAUUGAUGGAAGAAACAGUGGGUAAAAUUGGUAUGACAUUGAUUGGCUCAUUUUUCACUGUAGUGGGGACAUUGUGCAGUAUUGGUUUUCAGGCCAUGAAAUUUGUGCAUGUGUAUGCGCAUGCAUGCAUGUUUGCACACACAGGCAGUUUCCAAAUGCACUCAAGGCACACCGCUGUGAGAGUACAAAGUCAUCAGUAAGUCCAAGGUAUCAUGACAAGUAUUGCUUGUUUGGUGAGCAAAGAUUUCUUUUAGUACCUGCUUUUCCUUGGUAUGUUUAGAAUGUGAGUACUAUUCCACUGACAUGCAAUGUGUACUGUGAAUCUGCUACUCAUUGUUUAUUUGUAAACUAUAUUAUCAGAUUUUGACAGAACCAGGGUUCCUCCUAGAGUGAUAAGAUAUUGAAUUAAUUGGUGGAUGGGAUGAAUUAAAACAUGUUUUGUUGGC